AUCAUAGCUAGAGACUUCACGUUUGUCUGCCAUGUUCACCCGCAUCUUGUUCCCUGCGUUGUUCUUGACUAGCUUCGUGGCCGCCGCGCCUGGAAAGACUCCACCCAUAUUGCCUCCUGGACAGUGCAACACAGGCAAUGUGCAAUGCUGUAAUACCGUUGAAUCUGCUGACUCUGAGUCGGGCAGCGCUCUCCUCGGCCUACUCGGAAUCGUCUUGAACGUUCCAGCGAACGUGUUGUUGGGUAUCAACUGCUCUCCCAUCACUGUUAUUGGAGGUGGUGUUGGUUCCUCCUGUAGUGCCAAUCCCGUUUGUUGUGAGAACAACAGCGUUGGUGGACUCAUCAACAUCGGCUGCAUCCCCAUCAACCUCAGCCUUUGAACGGCCGCUCCUGGAAGAGGCGUCAAGGAUGGUGUAUUAGAGAUGGCGAGAGGUCGUCCUGUAUAAUUUGUUAACACGAAAAUCAAAUAUUCGAGCGCGAACGUACAAGCUG